AUGCAUACAUUUAGGAAACAUAUGUGUAAACCAAUCAAGCCUUACUCUCUUAAUGACCCAUGCACAAUUGAUCUGAUGGCUCAUUUAAGGAGUGUUUCUUUAGAUCCAGUUUUUGGUGAAUCAGCUAUUGGACGUGUUAGCCUGCCGACUCUGAAUCAACACCUACCCCACGAGCUCGUAGAGGAGAUACUCGUGAGACUUGUUGUGAAAUCCCUCUUCCGAUUCAACUCCGUUUCAAAGUUGUGGAGAUUCACGAUCAAGUCUCGCUGUUUUGUGGAGAGACGUUGCUUGAAGCGAUCUCAUGAUCAGCUAGCAUUCAUCUACGCCGUUAAACCGGCCAUACCUUGGUUCCAACAAAUCCUUUCUCCGGCUAGUCUUCAACUAUUUAUCGACAAUGAGCAAAGACAAGAACCGAGCCCACACGGUUACAAAGUAGUAGUGUAUUCAUCUAGUUCUUAUGUGUCUAUUAUGUGCGAAGUUUUCGAUUUUAGGGCUGAUACUUUGAGGCACGUGGCGCACACUUCAAGUUACCGGAUAUUUGGAAGCCCAUAUUUAUGGAAUGGGUCACUUUAUUGGUUAAUGCAACUAUGGGAUGAUCGUCGAACGAUAGUAGUAGGCUUCGAUCUUCUUAAGGAAACUUUUAAAUGGGUGUUGGAGUUUUUUUAUUAA